UGAGGGCGCACUGUAUGUGUAAACAGCAAUACGGUGUUAUUAGGCUAAAGAGGGUAAAGGUCAGUACAAGUUCGUGUUGGAGAGUGAGAGUCCGUCUGUACGUCUAUGAAAUUCUCUUGUGCACCUAAAAGCCAUGAUGUGUGCAUGAUUUUCAAAAUUUUGAGCAUUGGACAUUUUUUAAUGAAGACAGUCGAAAUGAAAAUGACGUGCAGUUGCACAUAGCCUAUAUUUGAGGCGUGCUGAAUAUUUCGUUAAAAAAUAGAAAAUGUGUUGGGGAAAUUGAUUAUUAACCACAUACUCCUAUAAAGUAAUUGUUUAUUGAUAUUAUCGCAUUUUAGAUUUAUUUUUUUGUUCUUUAUUUUUUGCGGUAAACGGGGAAAAACACUUGCAUCUGAGUGUUUUGAUAUGCCCUGGGGAUUCCAUUCUGUGCAACAAGAGGGCCCCCACCACACGUUAUCCUGUUGUCAGAAGUGCUCAGGAUUGGUCAGGCACUGAUCAGCUGGUCCGUUUCCCCGCGGUCACAGAUUGGCACCUCGCCACCCCCCUUCGGCUAAAACCAAAUCUCAGAUAAAGUAAUGGCAAAAACCACUUGGACUAUAAAACACAACAAAUCAUAACACUCGGACAAUAACACUGGCCACCCCAUGAGUUCCUAUUUCGUCAACUCAACUUUUCCCGUGUCCCUACCCGGAGGACAGGAGUCUUUCUUGGGUCAGAUACCGUUAUAUUCCUCUGGAUAUACAGAUCCUUUAAGACAUUAUCCAAGCGCUACGUUCGGAGCUACCAAUGUCCAGGACAAGGUUUACACCUCCUCGUAUUACCAGCAAGCUGGGGGCGUUUUUGGACGAAGCGGAUCCACCAGUGCUUGUGACUACACAACACCGAACAUUUACCGAACCGCUGACCGCUCGUGCGCUAUCGGAGGUCUGGAAGAUUCGCUGGUCCUAACUCAGGACCAGUGCAAGACGGACUGCUCUGAACAGGCUACAGAGAGAUAUUUUAACAGUGAAGACAAACCGUGUACCCCGGUUUACCCGUGGAUGCAGAGGAUGAACUCGUGUAAUGGAAUGCCUGGAAGCACUGGCCGCAGGGGUCGUCAAACCUACACUCGGUUUCAGACUCUUGAACUGGAAAAGGAGUUCCACUUUAACAGAUAUUUGACCAGAAGGAGAAGAAUUGAGAUAUCGCACGCUCUCUGUUUGACGGAACGUCAGAUAAAGAUAUGGUUCCAAAACCGUAGAAUGAAAUGGAAAAAGGAGAAUAAAGUGAUGAACUCCGCAAAGGGCAGCGAAGAGGAGGAUGGUGGAAAGGCGGGGUAAAUGUUAAAAGCAGCUUAUGACGAAGCCCUGGAAACAUUGUACAUAACAUGUAGCCUGUAGUUUGAACUAAUAAGUACUGGUCUGUCCAACAAGAAAAAAAAAACUACCUAAUAAGUUUUAUGUUGCCCUAAUAAGCUUCAAGAGAGACUUUCUUUUUUUUUCAUAAAAAAUAAA